ACACUCUUCCUGUCCGGCUUUUUGUUGUUGAGCUUUGUUCUCUCUCUCUCUCUUCUAUUUGUUGAUUUCAUCAACAGCCGCCGCAGCUUCCACCGUCAUGUGUGAUCCAUCGUUGUUUGAUUGAGCUAUUUUAUUUCAUUUUUCACUGCAAUUUUUCUUGCUUUACUUUACUGGAUUUAGUUAGUUGUCGUUUCUGUAUCCAAAUAAUGGCGAUUGAAGAGGACUUGGAGAGUUGUGGAAGUAGGCCAGUGGAAUCGUACUCGCAGGCGAAUCCUCGACACCAUAUGCAAAAGCUAGAUGUGUAUAACGAGGUGCUUAGGCGAAUCCAGGAGUUCAAUUACGUAGAGGCGAAUCUUCCUGGCUUUGAUGAUCAGCUUUGGCUCCAUUUCAAUCGAUUACCUGCGAGAUAUGCAUUGGAUGUGAAUGUGGAGAGAGCAGAAGACGUGCUUACACAUAAAAGACUACUGCAGUUGGCAGAAGAUCCUGCUAAUCGACCUGCAUUUGAAGUUCGUCUUGUGCAGGUCUAUCCUGUCUCCAAUGGAAUGUCUAUUGAUUCUAUCCAUUCAGAUUGUGCAAUGAAAGAAGAUGCACAAAGUUCUUAUAUGCCAAGCAGACAGAGUGUCCAUCCACCACCUACAUUUGGCUCAUCACCUAAUCUUGAAGCACUUGCAUUUCAAGCCAAUAGAUACAAUGUUGAAGAUGGAGACAGUGCUGUAAAUUCAGCAUCACAUCUUUCUCGGCCUAUGCACGAGAUCACUUUCUCAACAGUUGACAGGCCAAAACUCCUUAGUGAGUUGACCUUCUUACUUGCGGAGAUAGGAUUGAAUAUUCAAGAAGCUCAUGCUUUUUCCACUGUUGAUGGGUUUUCUUUGGACGUGUUUGUCGUUGAUGGUUGGGCACGUGAGGAAACUGAGGAGCUUAAAAGUGCUUUGGAAAAGGAAAUCUUAAAGUUUAAGGAGCAAAGUUGUUCAAAACAAGUUUCAGCUGCGAGCAAGCAGAAUGAAACAAGGGUCGAAUCUCUUCCUCACUGCAUAGAAAUACCUAGUGAUGGAAUUGAUGUCUGGGAAAUUGAUACCAAUCAGUUAAAAAUUGAAAACAAAGUGGCAUCUGGAUCAUAUGGUGAUCUGUACAGAGGCACAUAUUGCAGUCAGGAAGUUGCCAUCAAAAUCCUCAAGCCUGAGCGUGUCAGUGCAGAAAUGCUUAGAGAGUUCUCCCAAGAAGUUUAUAUAAUGAGGAAAAUUCGGCAUAAGAAUGUCGUACAAUUCAUAGGUGCAUGCACUCAACCUCCAAACCUGUGCAUUGUGACUGAGUUCAUGGCUAGAGGAAGUAUAUAUGAUUUUCUUCAUAAACAGAAGGGUGUGUUUAAGCUUUCAUCCUUAAUCAAAGUGGCAACUGAUGUGUCCAGGGGAAUGAAUUAUCUUCACCAAAAUAAUAUAAUUCACAGGGACCUGAAAACUGCCAAUCUUCUCAUGGAUGAAAAUGAAGUUGUUAAGGUCGCUGAUUUUGGGGUUGCCAGAGUGCAAACUCAAUCUGGAGUAAUGACAGCUGAAACCGGAACAUACCGUUGGAUGGCUCCUGAGGUGAUUGAACACAAACCAUAUGAUCACAAGGCCGAUGUUUUCAGCUUUGCAAUAGUACUAUGGGAACUUCUAACAGGAGAACUUCCUUACUCAUAUUUGACCCCAUUGCAAGCAGCAGUAGGUGUGGUGCAAAAGGGUCUACGGCCUACUAUCCCCAAGAAUGCUCAUCCAAAACUUGCAGAACUGCUGGAGAGAUGCUGGCGGCAGGAUCCAAGUCAGAGACCCAACUUCUCCGAAAUUAUAGAUAUCCUUCAGCAAAUAGCUAAAGAGGUAACAAAUGAUAAGGAAGAUCGAUGCAAGAAUAAAUCAUCAGGUGGCUUUUUUUCAGCACUGAUAAGGGGUCACCAUUAAGUUGGGAGAAGACAGUAGCUGUUAAUGAUGCAUCCAUGUGCAGGCAAUUUUCCUUCUUGCAUACUUUUGUAAUUGUACAGACGCUUUUCUCUACAGUGGUUUUAGCUGUGUUUUCCCCUUUUCUUAGUUGUAAGUAGGAUUUUACAUGUUUUCAUUUUGUGUAUCUUUCCUUUCUCCGUUCUCCGUC